GCUCGGCCAGCCACAGUUCUUAGUUGCCAGCAUUUACGUGCGUGACUGCGAGCAGCUGGGUGGCGCCAACAUAUCUAUCCUCUCUGACGUGAUGUCGUUCGUGGGCCACUCGGGGUUGCCGUUCGUCAUCGGGGGGGAUUUCAACAUGGUUCCUGAG